GCGUGCAGGAGCUAAGCAUCCGCAAACUUGGCGGUGCUCGUGCUCUCCCGGCCCUUCCUUCCCUCUCUCCAUCACCGUGUGAGGAGGGAGGAUUGGUGCUCACGUGCACUCGCUGCGCGCCCCCAUUCAGUUUGAACAGAGGGUGCAAUACAUAAUUCAGUCCCAGCAAGGGGACACCUCAGUCUCUCCCCUCCUGCCAAGCCGCGGAUCUGCAGCCUCUACACAGCCCGUGGACCGAGACACGGAUGCGGCUGUUUCCCGCGCCUGAGCGGAUAGAGAAUCAACCUUGGAGAAGGACGAAUGCCUGCUGGUUGUGGGUAAUGCAUGACUUCCAGCGGCUGAGGAAGGACGGAGAACAGCCAGGAACAGGCAGUCAGUGGUGAUCUACAGGAGACGUAAACAUUGCCAUGCCCUGCUUUAUGCACCACCUCCUCCGAUCCGCUUCCUCCUCCUCCUCUGCUCCAGGACAGAGGACUCUGUUUUGAAGGAUAACAGCAGCGGUGAGAGCAUAACGCUGUCGAGGGUAAAUAUUUUGGUGAAGUUGUGUUCGGGAUAGGAGGCUGCGGCGGGCCACGGUCUAUACUGUAGGUAUCCUGCAUCCUGACUUUGCUGUGUCCGUGCUUUGCGGCCAUGAUGCAGGCAGCAUCCUCCGACCUGUUCCCGACUUGAGCUUCACUCUGCGGGAUUAACAAGUUCUUAAAAGCAAAAAAAAAAAAAAACAAACUACUACAUCUACUUGUUAAUGUUUUGGAGCAUUAUUUCUGAACUCUUAGGACAUUGACUUCUUCUGUAGAACUGUGUGAAAUGAACAUUUUUAGAAGCAGUUUGGAAUUUGAUUGCUCAAAUGCUUCACAUCUAAACCCCAAUCUGCAGACUUGAAGAGGAUGUAAUCAGCUGCAGACAUUUUAAUGUGCAACGUAUCUCUAACAUUAAUCAAAGCUGCCUCUGCAUGACUGCUUGGUGGGACCAGUCUUGUUAUUAUCACAGUUCACAUUAACACAGCACCAUGGGUGCCAAGCAGACCAAAGGCCAGGAGCCUGGAGGAGCCAGCCCUCAGCACAGCUGGAAGCGGACCCCCACCAAGGAGCGGGGAGAUAUCUUGGCGUCCUUCAUGCUUAAGUCAGGGGACCGGCUAAGUCGCGGCGGGACGCCACCGCCUUACCAGCGCCGUAUCAGCAUGAUCCAGGAGAUGAUGCUGAUGGCCAAGCAGGGUAAACAGGACGAGGCCACGGAGAUGCUCAAGACACUCAGACAGGACCUGGGUAUGGAGUCAACAUCCCUGGAUGACGUGUUGUACCGCUACGCCAGCUUCAGAAACCUUGUUGACCCCAUCACACAUGACCUGAUUAUCAGCCUGGCACGAUAUGUCCACUGCCCCAAAACGGAGGGCGACUCUCUUGGGGCAAUGGAGAAGGUUUGUCGUCAGCUGACCUACCAUCUCAGCCCCCACUCUCAGUGGAGGAGACAGGGCCUGCUCAAGAGGAAACCUCAGGCCUGUCUGAAGGCAGUGCUGUCAGCCCCUUUGUCCAGCGGGGCGUUGGAUCUGUCUGGUAUUCCUCUGACGGCUCGAGACAUGGAGCGUCUGUGUGCUCACCUACAGCGCCAUGCGUCCACAGUGAUCAGCUUGGAGCUGGGUUUCACCGAGCUGACGGAUGAGGCUUUCCUCCUGCUCCUGCCCACGCUGGCCUCUCUGCCACACCUGGAGACCCUGGCACUGAACGGAAACAGGCUGACCAGAACUAUUCUGAAGGAGCUGACUGACGCCCUCAAGGAUCCAGGCAGUUUCCCUAGCGUGACAUGGAUUGACCUGGGCAACAAUGUGGAUAUCUUCUCCUUGCCACAGCCCUUCCUGGUCAGCCUGAGGAAACGCUGCCCCAAGCAGGGCAACCUGCCCACCAUCCUUGAGUUUGGAGAGAGUCAAGCCAGCGACCCCCCUGAGAGGCUUAGGGGGGUCGGGGAAGAGGAGGAGACAGACGACACAAACCGGACUGAGAGCAUGGGCGAGCUCCGGUCUGAGGUGGAGGAGGAGCUGGACGGAGAGAUGGAGAUAGAGGAAAUGAUGGAGGAGCUGCUAGACUUUGACAGGGAGGUGCAGGGAAAGGAGGAUGAGGAGGAGAGCAUGUGGACUGUGGAGGAGCAGAGGAGAAAUCGGAGGAGAAGGGGGAGGAGAGAGGGGGAGGAGUGUGGAGAGAAGGAGGUGAAGAGGAAAGAGCAGCACCCGGGUAGAAGGGCAGUGAUGGUGGAGGAGGAGGACGACACACAGAGCCGCUCCUCCCGCCUGUCCUUCUCCAGCCAGUCACAACACUCCUCUGGAGCCGCUGAGCCAAUAAGAGUUGAGGAGGAUGACUUGACCGACCAAUCAGACCACUUGACCUGAUUGCUGCUCCCUGCUUACAUUUCCCCUCCUGUAUCGAGUCUUGUGUGGAAGGACGCAAGAGAAGACUCCUGCAGAGGCUAACUGAGUGUGCUCAGUCAAACAGGCUGCAGUAAUGGAAGGAUGUAAUCCAUAUGAACAUGCCACUUGAUACUGCCUCCACUGAUUUGAUUUGUGACCAGCCACCGCAGCGUUCAGAUACUGGCAGAGUGACAGCUGAACCCAGGUGACUCUUGGUAACUGUAACAUGAGAAGACAAUCCCCAACAGGACAUCUGUUUUAUCGUAACUGUGUUGUUUCGAGUACAAAUAGACUAAGGAUGCUAAUACAUAGAAUAGACUGGUUAAUUAUAUCACAUGAGGCUUUUAUGUAUAGAAUGUUAAUCUUUAUUCAGGUCCUUCCUCCUGGUAACCCUGGUAAUACCUACAUGUGCCUAUAAGACAUCCCAUUACUGGUUAAUAGUGUUGAGAGAUAAAGAGAGACCAGAAAAUAUAGAACAGAAAAUCAUACAAAGUAAUCGGGGCCCUUAAACCUUUUGAAAAAUGUUUUUGCCAAAAGCUAGUGGAAUGUUAAAAAUAUCUCCCUCCCACAUACGCCAGUGGCUAGCCAGAUGGAUGAGAAGAUAGACAGGAAUCAAAAGUCAAGCCAAAAGAUUUGUUGAAAUCAGUUGCUACUGAAGACAUGAACAGAUGUCCUUUAGUGGAUGAGAAGUGCACUGAAGAUGAAAUUAGUCAGCUGAAACCAAAAGCAGAAAAUAACCAUUAAAGAAAUCAACACAGUAAAGGCCUUGAUGAUUGUUUGAAAACCGAGUGAAAACAGUACAAAGUGCCCUGGUGUGGAAAGGAGAGGGGCUGGUGGUCCUAUUUCCAUGUGUCCCAAAGUCCUGGGGUGUCAAGUUAAAUAUUUAGUAGCCUUUUUCUUAUAAUCCAGGUCAUGUGUCACUCCACGGUGCUGUACACUAGUGUGCAUCACAUGCUUACAGUGCAGUGUUUAUAUAUAGGCUGCAGAUAUCCUUAUACAGUAUGUAGCUCUCACCCAGCUAGUGCUUUCCCUCCAUGUGUCACUUAUAGUCCAUGAGGAGCUUUAAGAAACAAAUGGAUGUACAGUACACACACACACACACACACACACACACACAUAUAUAUAUAUAUAUUGUUUUUAUCUGUCCUAAGAGCGAUUGUUUAGAUUGUAGAUUAGCCAUUUAAAGAGGAAUAUCACUCAGUUCAAGGAAUCAUAGUUGUUAUUUUUGUGGUCUUGGAUAGAGAAACAAUAUGUGUCGCUACAUGAAUAAUGCUUCAAACCUGGGAAAUAGCUGAAUGAGAAUCUUAAUUUGUUACAAUAUUUAAGGCACUGAUUGUAAAGGUUUUAUUGAUAUAUAGAGGAGGAUUUGUUGAGCAGAAUAUUAACUCCCAUUGAAGAAAUCAUCCUAAAACAAAAAAAAAUCAAUAAAUUCAUAUAUAUAUACUUUCCCCUAGACAGAAGUCCCAUGCACCAAUACAUUCAUCUUUGCAGCAGUUAACAUGUGUGACUUUUUUGCUGUACAGAGGCCUUGCAGUUACAUCACAAAUCUCCCAGCAAACUCAGCUCACUCCAUAGUAGAGGUCCAUUGAAUCAAUGUCUAUAUGGAACAAUGCCUGACUACACAAGGGAAAACAAAAUAACAGAAAUGCUAUAACAAUGCCAAAAACAAACCAAUACACUAGACCCCUGACACUAUUUUUUUGGUGAAUAGCAUCAAAAAGCAGAACUAUUGCAUUGUUUUGUACAGAUGUUCGUGUAUAUUUUAAAGGGGCACACCGCUGAUUUUCCAUACAAAGUUUAGCAUUACAAGAAGUAAUGUUCAGCCUAUGAAAACACUUGAAUAAUGUCCUCUGUGGCUCUGAAGGAGUUUUGCUAAGUCUGAGAAAAUAAGCAUAAUGAUGUCAUAUAUGAUCAUAUUUAGGCAUAUUAGGCUUCAAAGUAUUUAACAGAAAGCCUGCACUACAAACUGGGCUGCUGAGUAUGAAACAGAACUAGUUGUAUGACGUAUUGUCUGACCACGUUGGAGGGCAAGAGUGUUUAUAGCUGCUCUGAACAGCUACACAGGAGGGUGGAGUGACCAACACAUUUGCAUAGCCUGCAAGAUCUUAGUCAAGUAUGUUCACAGUCUUAGUUGCAUACUGUAUGUACUGUCUGUCUAUCAGCAGCAUAUACAUUACCUCUAUAUACAUUUCCAUGAGACUUUGUGGAAAGAUCAGCAGAUGAACAUGAUGAGUGUCCAACAUGUCCAACUAGAAUAUCUUGACAGUUGCUUUGCAGUAGCAGAGGUAUGCACUGUAAUGAAUGAUAGUCAGUUGCCCAAAGGAUGCAACUACUCUCUGUCUCAGGACAAAGAUUUUACUGAGACAACAUUCUGAUAAUACAGCCUGUGACUUGCAGUAUGAUUUCACUGUUCAAAUCAGGUACCAAUGAAAUACUUAGUGGUUCCUACUUAUACCUAAAUGUAAGUACAGUAGAAAAUAACAAGGGUAUUAGGAACAAUGGAGUAACAAGUAGGCAUUUUAGAUGAAAGAAGAAAUAAGUUACCUACAGAGUACAGUGCUGGAGGCAAAAUGAAAUCUGUGGGAGAUUACGGUUGCAGCUUUUUCCUUAUUUAAGGAGUGAAAAGGAGAGGGGCUGAUACUUGAUAUCACAGCUACAUACCUGGUUCCUGUUGUGUUCCUCUCGAAGUCUUAACUAUGUUUUAUCCACCUUCAUCUAUAUGUUAUACUAUCACAUUAUUUUAUUGUGUUUAUUAUGUUUUUCCUCCUCAGAUGACAAUAGAUGCCUUCCAUAGCUGUGCCUUUGAGAAAGGUAUGUUUGUUCUCUAAUCCAUCAUACCUGUCACCAAAACACUGAGUAUAAUUCAUUUCUACUUUCCUCUGAAAUGUAUAAUUAAUAUUCCCUUGUUCCCUGUUAUCAUGUUUUCUUCCACUAUGUUUGUGUUUAAGUACCAGUAGGAACCAGUAAGUAUUUUAUUGGUACCUGCACAAAAUUAUACCGUAAUUAUGCACCUGUUAUAAAGUGUUACAGAAAUAAUCUCUACAACCUUUGUGUGCUAUUUAAAAAUAAACAUCUAAGUGAAGAAUUUUAAGAAAAGGGCCUGAUCAGUAUAAAUCUCUUGCAGGAAUUGAUUUCAUUUCAUUUAAAAAGCUACAAUUAAAGAGUGUCAUUCUAAAAAUAAUGGAUACCAUUAGUACUCAGCAAAACCUCUUCAAUGAAGGCAAGCAACUAAUUAAAGGUAAUUUGUCAUACAUUUUUAAAUAUUUAUAUAAUAGUUAAAAAAAAUAUCCAAAGGCAUUCCAACCAUUAAAGUCUGUGCAACAGUCUUUUAAUCUACCUUGCAUGAUAUCUGUUAGUCAGUAAAGGUAUUGUGAUAACUUACUUUGCCAAUGUGAUCAGAGGCAACAACAUGACAGCAUGUGGGUGGUAUACUGCACACGCCACCUGAAAGCUUUCCAUACAGCAAACAGCUCCCUUGUGCCUCACUGACGUUAGCCUGCAGACAUUCAGUGGUAUUGCACUUAAAGCUAUAAGUACAAAAAGAAACUUCCCUUUAAUCUACCUUUAAAAUAAGCUAGUGCUGCAUUGUCCCUGCAAAAUCUAUUUUACAAACAGGUCAUUACAAUGAACCCUUUAAACAGAGGCAGACGGGUGUUGGUGCUGUACAGUAUGUGCAGCAGAGCUGAGUGCACAUACACAAUUAAUGUGAGGCAGAGAAAGAUUGUCCUUAAAAACCACAGUGAUUAUCAGCAUUUGAAGCCAUUGUGAUGAAAGGCAUAAAAUGUGGAUCAUAAUGUUGUGAGUUCAGAUGGUGAUGUAAACGUUUGUAUACCAUCUACUAUUGGUCAGCAUGGAUCAAUGGUUUUAUAGACAGUGUCCAGUGAAAGGUUUGGACCCUACUCUCAGGGUCAGACUGACUCACUACAUGUGUCUCCAACUACUUAAAACUAUAUACUUAUAACUCUAUUCUCAGGUUUACUGUAGUUUUCUGCUUGCUACUGUAACAGGACUCCCUCUGACUGCAGAGAGAGAGAGAGACGAGCAGUGGAGAUUGGGGGUAUGUGUGAAUGAGUGUAAUGUGCUGAAGCCAUGAACAUGUCUGCUUUUAUGUUAAGGUCACUACAGAUCAGAGCAAAGAAAUCACAACUGGAAUCAGGCUGAUAUAUGAACAUAGAUGUGGCUUUUAAUUUGAAACCUUUGAUCCAUCACUCAGUGUCGUCUACCUCUGAUAUGGAUGAACUGAUGCAGCAUUUUAAUAUGAUUCCACACAGGUAUGAAUGAACAUGGUUUCCUAAAAUCAUCCCCUGGAUUUCAAGAACUCGUUUUAGAGAUAAAGUAGUGUUUCCACAUUUGUCUAUACUGAUAAGAAAAAAGUGUGUUUGCAGCAUUAAAUAACACGAAAUUCUUUUCAAAUUUAUUGUCCAUAAAAUGCUUGAAUAUAAAGACACAUGAAGAUUUUGCAGACUGGCCACUCUGUUGGUCUGCUGGUAUCAGAUGAGAAUAUUGACCAAAAAAUCACAUACCAUUCAGUUUUACUUCACCACAAUUGUGUGUUAAUAGUUUAUUCAAAUUGUAGCUACAUGUCUAUCAUACUCUCUCUGCGCAUCACCACAGGCAGAAUGACUUGUCCUUUCUCAUGUUACGAUGAGACAUGAGACCAUGAUCAUGGUGUAUAUCUUAGACUCAUAGAGCAGGAGGGGCUAUGAAUGCUUUCACUGACCAGAAGAUAUGAAGAUGCUGUCUGUGUCUUGCUCAAGAGCUCUGCUGAUAUAUUGUGAGAUGUAAAAAGAAACAUGGUAAUGUGAAUCUGAAGGCAUGAAGGUAGCCUUGGAUCUUUUCUCUCUCCUGAGUCUUUCUUCUGUAUGUAUUUCUCUUCCGUAUACCUCUGAAUUAUUCUCUAUACAGUAUCUUCUUCUGUCACCCCCCUUUUCCGAAUGUUCCCAUGGAGCUUUUAUUUUUGUGCCACUUUAUUGAGACGAUACAACAAAAUGAAUGCUCUGUGGAUUCAUAUUCUAGUAUAAUUGUACAUCUUUACAUUUUCUGUUAUGCCAUGGAAAUUACCAAUAAAUUCUAUGACAAAAAACCA